ACGGUCACUCUCCAUUGAAAGCAGGAGCACGACCAUCCAAUCCAAGAACGAAAACGACGGAUAUGGAAUACACGACCAUAGAACAAGGGUCGCCGUUGCUGUUGCCGCAUGCUUUAAAUGUGUGUUUCUCUUACUCUAGUUUCUUCACAAACCUCUGCAACGUCACUUCUUCUGCUAGCACACGACACCGACCCUCAUUGGUAUAAAAACAAGUUAUAGACUAGGAAGACAAAAUUGACGUCUCAGAACCUAGGAAGGGAGAAUGAAAGGAAGCAGGACCAAGGGAACAACCACUAUUGAAGUCGGAGCUGAUGGGGUGGCUUUAAUCACCCUCAUCUAUCCUCCUGUCAAUGCACUCUCUUCUGAUGUGUUGAACAGCUUGAAGGACAGUUAUGAGCAAGCUUUAAGAAGAGAUGAUGUGAAGGCAAUUGUUAUAACAGGUGCGAAGGGAAAGUUCUCUGGUGGUGCUGACAUUUCUUCUUUUGAGGAAGUUCAAGAGGCAAAAGUGAAUGAACCAAAACCUGAUUUUAUAUUCUCUGAGGUUCUCGGUGACACUUUAGAAGCUGCAAAAAAACCUUCAGUUGCUGCAAUUGAUGGCCUUGCCUUAGGUGGAGGACUAGAGGUUGCAAUGGCUUGCCAUGCUCGUAUCUCAACCCCUACUGCUCAAUUAAGCCUACCUGAACUUCAACUUGGACUAAUUCCUGGUUUUGGAGGAACACAGAGACUUCCACGUCUUGUGGGUAUCACAAAGGCCCUUGAAAUGAUGCUGACAUCAAAACCAGUAAAGGGUGAGGAAGCUCAUGCCCUGGGCCUUGUGGAUGCUGUUGUUUCACCAAAUGAGUUGGUAAGUACUGCACGUCAGUGGGCCCUUGAUAUCUUCGAGUGUAGGAGACCAUGGAUUGCUAGCCUUUACAAGACUGAAAACUUAGAUUCCCUUGGCGAGGCAAGGGAAAUAUUCAAGUUUGCUAGAGCACAAGCCCAGAAACGAGCCCCUAAUCUUUUACAUCCUAUAGUUUGCAUCAACGUUGUUGAACAUGGCAUAGUUUCUGGUCCACGUGCUGGACUCUACAAGGAGUUUGAAAGUUUCCAAGAACUUGUGCGUUCUGACAUCAGCAAGAGCUUGGUCCACAUCUUCUUUGCUCUGCGUGGAACAACCAAGGUUCCAGGAAUUACUGAUCUGGGCUUGGUACCUAGACGAGUGAAGAAGGUUGCUGUGCUUGGUGGAGGAUUAAUGGGUUCGGGAAUAGCAACUGCAUUAAUUCUCAGUAAUUAUCCAGUGAUCCUGAAAGAAGUAAAUGACCAAUUCUUGCAGGCUGGUAUUGGUAGAGUCAGAGCCAAUCUCCAAAGUCGUGUCAAGAAAGGAAAAAUGACACAAGAAAAGUUUGAAAAAACCAUGUCUCUUCUCAAGGGUUCUCUUGAUUAUGAAAGUUUUAAAGACGUGGACAUGGUCAUAGAGGCUGUGAUUGAAAAUGUUUCUUUGAAGCAACAAAUUUUUUCUGAUCUAGAAAAAUAUUGCCCACCACAUUGCAUACUUGCCAGCAACACUUCCACAAUCGACUUGAACUUAAUUGGAAAGCACACCAAGUCGCAAGAUAGGAUUAUUGGAGCCCAUUUCUUUAGUCCGGCUCAUGUUAUGCCACUUUUGGAAAUUGUCCGUACCAAGCAGACAUCUCCUCAAGUUAUUGUGGAUUUAUUAGAUGUUGGGAAGAAAAUAAGGAAGACUCCAGUCGUGGUUGGAAAUUGCACAGGCUUUGCUGUCAACAGGAUGUUCUUUCCUUACACCCAAGCUGCUAUUUUACUUGUUGAACAUGGUGUGGAUCUUUAUCAAAUUGACAGGGUGAUCAACAAAUUUGGAAUGCCAAUGGGCCCAUUCAGGUUGGCUGACCUGGUUGGGUUUGGCGUCGCAAUUGCAACUGGCAUGCAAUUUGUUGAGAAUUUCCCAGAGCGAACCUAUAAAUCUAUGCUUCUCCCACUAAUGCAAGAGGAUAAGAGAGGAGGUGAAACUACUUGCAAAGGAUUCUAUUUGUAUGAUGAUAGGCGCAAAGCUAAGCCAGAUCCUGAAUUAAGGAAAUACAUUGAGAAAGCAAGAAGCAUUUCUGGUGUUGCCGUUGAUCCCAAGCUUGCCAAAUUACCAGAAAAGGACAUUCUGGAGAUGAUAUUCUUCCCAGUAGUGAAUGAGGCUUGCCGAGUCUUUGCCGAAGGCAUUGCAGUCAAAGCUGCUGACCUUGACAUUGCAUCUCUUAUGGGAAUGGGUUUUCCACCUUACAGGGGGGGCAUUAUGUUUUGGGCUGAUUCUUUUGGAUCCAAAUACAUUUACUCAAGAUUGGAGGAAUGGUCAAAGACGUAUGGAGAAUUCUUUGAACCAUGUGCCUUCUUGGCUGAACGAGGUGCCAAGGGUGCUCCUCUGAGUUCUCCGGUGGAGCAAGCCAAGUCUCGGCUGUAAGAUUUAACUUGCCUGAUGCAUCACCAACUGUUGGAAGUAAAUGUUUCCUGAUCUUAUUCCCUCAUGUGCUCAGUAUUUUUUGCUGAUGAGAAAUGAGAGCAUAGACAAUAAUAUUUAUAAACAGGUGAAUAAAAAUAAAUUAAAUUCUUAAGGUGAA